AUGGCAGAUUAUGAAGUGACUGUAUACACUGGCAAGCUCCGCUUUGCCGGCACUCUUGACAUGGUCUUCAUUAAACUGGUAGGAAAUGAUGGCGAAAGUAAACGCAAGCGGCUGGCAAGCUUAGUAGGGGAUUUAUCCUUCACCCAUGGAGCUGUGUCUACUUUUACUGUGUCCUGCCCUGUCUCCAUUGGAAAGCUCGAACUGAUAGAGCUAGAGAAAAAGUCUCGCCUUAUUGACGACAAUUGGUUCGUGAACAAGGUGGAAGUGAAAUCACCAGAGGGAGACACCUACAACUUUCCCAUCUACUGCUGGAUCACUGACAGCAAGGUGCACCGCUUCAGAGAGGGAGAAGAUACACCAGAAAAAGUUUCGCUGCACGAGCUGAAACAGCGAGAGAAAGACUAUUGCUGGCGUAAGCAUAUAGAGGGAAUACCCCACUGCAUGGAGGCAGAACAGCUCUCUGAUCUGCCUUUGGAGACUGGCUGAACUGAAGCUGACAGGAUUUGCUAAGUCCAAGGAGAACUGGACUUGUAUUGAUGAUAUCAAGAGGGUGUUCACUGGCAAA